GCCGGUGUUUUCUUGUUGUUUAUUUAUUUAAGAAAAACAAUCACUUUUGUUUGAAUCGAGGACAUGGAAGAUUGGGAGUCAGACAGUAUUGUAGAGCAAUGGAUACGAGAAAAUGAUGACACAUUCAUGUCGUUACCGCCUAUUGAAUCUAGCCCUCAUAUUCUCAUAUCUAAAGUUCGUAAACAUUAUAUGGAAUAUCUUAUAAAGUUACUCUCUGUGAACUAUGAACGUAAUCAAAAAUUGCAAAAUAAAGAUGUGUAUCUACCCAGUGCUAUUUGGAGAUGCGCUAAAAUGAUUGAAAUGUCUGCCGCCCAAGCUUCGAUGGUUGUCCAACUUUAUAGAAAAAGUAUUACAAGCGUUGUAAAAGAUUUAAAAAAGAAUACGAAUGAUGGAUUACUAUAUAAAAUGUUAAAUGAUUUUCUUCAUCAAGCACCUGAAAAUGAAAAAAAAACACAGGCUACUCUUGGCACAACAAAAGAAUGUAAUUGCAAAUGUUCAUGUAAUCAAAGAAAAAUAAAAAAAACGUUAUAUUCACAGAAAAGUGUGUAUGGUAUUAAAAAUAAAUGUAUUCCUAUUAAAAAUCAAAUCCAUAAUAUGUCUAUAAGUUUUGAUCAAAACUUUAUAUCAACUCCUAAUAAUUCAAUACCACAAAUUAAUUCAGAAACAUUUAUGAAUAUAAAAAGUGAUACAUCUCUACCAAAAGUAAGUGAAAAAAUUACCAUGGAAAUGCAAAAUUCAGAUGAAUUAAUGCAACAACUUGAAAAACUCUUCCAAGAGGAUCCAAAUGAUGAUGAUUUAUUUGAUGGGCCUUUUUGUGAAGCAAAUAAUUCAAAGGUCACUGAAAAAAGUAAACUUAUGUUCCAUACAGAAAGUAUGUCAGGAAAUAUAUCAAUUUCACAAGAGGCAGAUCUAGAAAGCAAGGAACCACAAAAAAAGGGCUUGGAUGAACGGCUGGCAUUAUUAAGUGGAGUGUUGGUAAAUAAUAUUCACGACCCCUCUCAAGAUCAUAGAAUUAAUCAAAGUAAAAAAAGUCGAACAAGUAAAUGGUUAUGUGAAGAAUAUUUCCAGAAGGUCAAACUUUUUGAAUUACUUGAUCAAAUUAGAGAUUGCGACCGAAAUAAACUUAUGCGGAUUAAAGAAAUGCUAAUAGAACUCUUUGGUGAAGACAGUGAUGAUGAAGGUGUAGUAUCACCAUUAGAAGAAAAUACAGAUUUUGUUGUCAGUUGUAAAGAGAGAAUAGCUCCUUGGGUUGUUCAAAUAUUAACACCAUAUUAUGUCAAGGGUAGGAUCAGAGGAAAAACAUUAUUUAAAUCUCUGGCUAAGCAUUUAAUAAGGCUCAUAUACCAGUGUAGUAAAUAUCCAUAUGAAUAUGAAGUACAAAGUUUUGUUAAUGACUUUCUUAAUAGCCAUAAGAUGAUCAGAUGUGAAGCUGACUUUAAACAAUUUAAAAUAGAAAAUGUUUAAUUUUCCACGCAUAGAUGCCUUAUAAAACCGUUACACAAGAUGCAGUAUUAUAUGUUAUUAUAGCAUUAAUUUUUCAAAUUAAUUAUAAGUACACACAAUAUGUAAGUAAUAAUGUGACAGACUUUUUUAAAGCAUAGAUAGAAGUGAAAUAUUUAUUAGCAAAAAAAUCUUAUGAUAGCAUAUAAAUGUAAUUACGAAACAGUUAUUAGUCAUCUAUGUUCAUUUUAUGAUAACAGUGGUGGAUUUCCUAACAGGCUGGAGCCUCCGAAGCAUGAGCUAGGGUGGCUAUUUUAGGUAACAAUAUUUUCUGUUUAUUAUUUUUGAAGCUAGGUAUUCAAAAAAAUUCUGUAAGACUGAUUUCUGAAAUCAUGCAAAAAGAAGUUGUCAAAAUUGAUGGAUGACUAUUUAUUCUUUCUUUUAAUUCUACGUUUGAGAUAUAGAAAUAUUUGUGCAAUUUGAAUAAAUUGCUCAAUGAUAAAAAAAAAAUUUGCACUCAGGCACUGAUAAUUCUGGAGGUAAGGAAGGCAAAAAUAAUGAAGCCUAUGCUUGGAAAAUUUGUAAUUUCACCACUGUAAUAAAAAAUAUAUUUCACAAGCAAUAUUAUCAUGUGCCGUCAUUAUUGCAUAACCAAUAGUUUGUAAUCAACUGGUUUCUCAAUAUAAAUAAUUACAGUGCCACAUGAAUGUGGAAUAUCCAUACAUACAAAUUAAGAUUCAUUAAUUUAUAGUAGAGGUCUCCAUACUGUGGUCCACAAGCACCAACCAUGAUCAAACAAAUAAACAUAAGUUUAAAACUAGGUUGUACUAUUAUAGAAAGAUAUAUUUGGUCGUUGGUAAAGUAAAAUAUGGCAUUUAAGCUAAAUGGUAUGGAAACACUUGAUCUAACACCAUAAGUGUCUAUAAUAUUGAAAUUAUUAAAUUAGUGUUGGUAAAAAGUAUGUGUGCAAUUUUGACAAAUAAAUAAAACAGUUUUGCUAUUA